AUGGUACAGUACGAAGCCAAGUUUUCCAAGUUGAUAAAAUAUGUGCCCAUGUACACCACUGACGAUUUUGAGAAAGCUCAGAAGUUUUUCCAAGGACUCAGAAAAGAAGUUAAGCAAGUUCUGUACACAUGGAACAUUUGCACAUUUGAGGAUGCGGUCAAGAAGGCCAUUACCGUUGAGAGGAACAUGAUAGCUCAAGGAGAAUUGAAGCUCCGUAGUGAUUCGAAAAAGGAAGUGGAGAGUAAAGACAAGUUAACAAACCCUCCAAUAGCCCAAUUCAAGAAGGUGGAAGGAGCCAAAUUUAAAAAGGAAAGGUAUUGCAAGAAGUGCCAAAAAAGGCAUGCUGGAAAUAACUGUGGGACCAAAAGCAAAGGAGCAGGUUGCUUUGUUUGUGGAGAAACUGGACAUUUUGCGAGAGACUGUCCUUCAAGGAAAACAUUGAAGAUUGAGGAAACACCCAAAAAGGAGGUGACAUGUUAUGCUUGCAAACAGCGGGGACAUUAUGCAUGGAACUACCCCCAGCAAGGCAAGUCUAACCAAGGAAAGAAGCCAGAAGGAAAAUCGGGUCCACAACCAGCUCGAGUGUUUCACCUGACAAAGGCGGAGGCGGAUAUCGACCCGAGCGUGGUGGAAGGUAUGCUCUUCAUCCACACUAUUCCUGUGCAUGCAUUAGUGGACCCUAGUGCCACUCAUUCAUUCAUAGAAAAUGAGUCUGCUAGGAGUUUGGGUCUUAAACCCUCAAUAAUAGGGCAUGGAGUUAGGAUUCAGUCUCCAAUUGGGCAAACUAUGGAGACUAAUUUAAUAGUUCGAGAUUGUGAUGUGGAUAUUGAGGACGAGAAAUUUAAGAUAGAUCUGAUACUUAUGGAGAUGCAUGAUUUCGAUGUCAUCCUAGGUAUGGAUUUUCUUUCUCGAUAUUGUGUUAGUAUGGACUGUUUGGGAAAGACAGUGGAAUUGGGAUGUCCGGGGGGAAAGGUGGUGAAGUUUAAGGGACCACGAUUUGGUAGGCAGUUAAAAUUUGUAUCAGCCUUGAAGGCAUGCAAAUGGUUGGAAAAGGGAGCAUAUGGUGGUCAAUGA